UAUUGCUAAUUAGAUCUUCGAUUUAGUCAAUUAAACUUAAUUAAUUAUACUUUAACGCUCAAUUAAAGUUAUUUUUCUUGAGACAUGUGUAUUUAUUUAUCUAUUUAUUUUCGGUACCAAAUGGAGACCUAAGCAUAUCCAUUCAUACAUUUUAACUUCUACUCAAAACCCACCGCCUACCCCCCACCAUUAAUCCGUUGUUUCCUCCCUCGACGUUUCUUCCCCGUUGCCAGCGAUCGAAACCAGUGCUCGGCGUCUCCUCUCUCUCUCUCUCUCUGUCUCUCGGUGAAGGAUCUCUUCAUCUGCCCUCUUUUCUUUUUGGAGUUCGAGAUUGCUUCCGUUGAUCGACGUGGUAAACGUUUGUGGGGGGGAGGGGGUAUCGGAUGUCGAUUGCAGGGGGUGAAUUUGGUCGCGGUGGGGAUCGACGGCUGAUUCGAGUGUGAGGAAAUCGGGCAUGGGUUUCUUUCCAGGCUGAUUGGAUCGGCCUUCUUGUUUCGGUGGUUUCGGUGGGAUCUUCCCUCACUUUGAUCUUUGUUUGGGGGGCGAAUAUUUCGGAGGGAAGAUGGGGUAUUUGAACUCCAUCAGUGGGCUUCAAGCAGACGGUGCUCCGGUCAGCGGGGGAGGACUCAGUCAAGAUGGGAAGUUUGGUUAUGGGUAUGCAAGCUGUCCGGGGAAAAGAUCUUCGAUGGAAGACUUCUAUGAGACGCGAAUUGACAGCGUUGAUGGAGAAAUUGUUGGCUUGUUUGGGGUCUUUGAUGGUCAUGGCGGUGCCCAAGUAGCAGAGUAUGUUAAACAAAACCUCUUCAGCAACUUACUCAGGCAUCCAAAGUUCAUUACCGAUACAAAAUCAGCUAUAGCUGAUGCAUACAACCACACGGACGCAGAAUUUUUGAAAUCUGAGAACAGCCAGAACCGAGAGGCGGGUUCAACUGCAUCAACAGCUGUCCUUGUUGGUGAUCGUUUGCUCGUUGCAAAUGUUGGGGACUCUAGAGCUGUCAUAUGUAGAGGAGGAGAUGGUAGGCCCCUCAUCCUUAAAUCAGUUCUCUUAUCAUCAAUUAUGUGUAACGGAUUUCUGUACUUAAUCUAGAACUAAACCGGCUCAAUUUAGAUGGAGUUUACUGCAUUUUUUUUUACUAACUGUAUUCUGACAACCCAACCUAUUUAAGAGCAAUAUUUAGAAUGUGACACCAGUGACAUCUAGGUUCUUAGGAUAUAUGUAGGUUCUAGACCAACAAAGUUUUUUGGCCUUCUCUUGAUCCUGCCAAAUGCUAUAGUAGCUCUGUGUGUCUCUGGUGUACUGAACACAUUGAAACAAAUAAUCAUAUAGUUUCAGAUUCUUCAAAAAUAUAGUAAUAUAAAAAAGUAUAGACAGGAAGGAGAAAGAGAACAUAUUCCUGUUUGGAUUCACAGAAUUUAAGCCUGAAAUUGGAGAAUUGAACCUGCGAAAAAAUCUUCAGAAAUGGCUGAAACUGCACACUUAUGGUGAUAAAUGAGGAUUUAAAUUGUUGAUGAUGGAUGAGGUGCUAAAGUUCAUUACGCUCUCGUAUUGCAUGUACUCUUUUUGAAAUGAGAUUUGAAGAUUAAUAGUUUACUAGCAAGUUAAACAGGAUUGGAAACUUAAUAUUAAGUUAUCCAAUUUUUACACAGCAUUAUUUAAAGAAUAAUAAUCACUUUUUUAUGCUACUUCUAUAAGCCAUUGCACUUAAUGUCUUUAUGACUUAUCGAUGCUACAGUGGUUUCAUAGCUACAUACUUUUGGUGAAAUUGUAUACUAAUAGUUUAGUCAUGUUAUCUUGUCUUUAAUGUAUGAUCUAAGAACUAUUUUUUGUUCAUCGCUUGAGUGUUGUUCCUUGAUGAAACUUUCCAUUUAGCGCUGUACAUAGUAGGUUUUGGUACCACUUUAGAUGUAUGACAUGUCUUGGAAUCUACAAAUGGGAUUUUUAUUGGUGUGAUUUAUUAUUCUACGGUCUUUUAUCCUCCAGUCCACAUUUUGUUGGUUAUAUUUCUUGCAUUCUGGAAUUGACCCUUGUCAAAACCAUCUAAUCGUAGACUUCGACGAUCGGGAGUUUAACUAUUCACGCCAAUGACAAAACAGGAUGACAAUGGAAGUUGAUGUUUCCUUAAUCCUGAAGCUUGUCAUAAGCAUAUUUCUCCAUUAUUUGUUUUGUUCAGUGUUAAAGAAUAUAUUUUUUAUAUGGAACUUUAGGUAGAUAUUAUUGUGUCUCCAUUAUUUUUUCUUGCCAAAUUUACAUAUUUUUUAUCAAAAAUCAUCCCUCAUGUAUGUAGAGCUUGGUAUUUAACAUUUUACAUAUUUCCAUAAUCAUUAUCCGUGAUCUACCAUUUGCUUUUGUUUGGAUGUUUGCUUGCCCAUUUGUUCAUCUCAUGGUUCAAUUACUAUAUGUGGUCAUCUUUAGUUUGAGAUUAUUGCCUUCUAACUAGAUUCAAAUUUCUGAUUGAUUUAUGAAUGGCAAUAAACAGUACUGUGUGGUGCUGUUGACAUACUUGUUGUCAUUGAAUCCUGUUGUUUAUGUUUGUUCUUAUGCCCGUUGAGGUUGUUCUGUAUUCUUUAUAAGAUAUCCAUGCAAUCUCUUCUCAUUUCAAUUGAUUGGGUCGAAAAAUCAAUCUAGAAUUUGUUGCAUCACUCGAUCCAGUUAUCUUGAAAAUUGUAACUAAUAAAGACUUUUUAUUUAGCAUAUUAAAAGCUGCUUGUGGUUCUAAUUUUCGUUGUUUUUUUUUUCCCACUUUUUCUUUGUUAAAUCGAGUUUGGCAUCUCAACUUGUGCUCAAUUAAUACAAAAGUUUAUGUAUUCUAUGAACCUCUUGAUACAAACAUCUGAUUCUUGGUUUUUCAGUGGCAUCAGUUGCAACAAGUCCUUUUCUGAGGCAAACAGUUGUGCCAAUUUCUUGUAGAGCACCCAUUUUACUUGCAAGUUCUGUUUCUUGGUUCUUACAAUAUAUUGCAAAAGCAAUUUUCUGAUCAUGAUAGAGUAGUUGACCAAACGAACUUCUGGGUGCUUCAUAAUUUAGAGAAAAAAGUCUUUUGUUCCCCAUAUGGUAAGUUUUGCUUCUAGUUUGUGCAGUAGAUUGCAACGGCAAUUCUUCUGAUUGCUUGGUAAUUUAGAGAAAGAAACCUUUUGUCCCUCGUGCAUCAUGGUCAAAAGCCAGUUCUUGGUACUUUGAACAACAGAGACCUGGCAAAUCAACCUGUUGUGGUACUUGGUUGAUGUGAGCUCUCAUAAUUAAACCAAUCACUCUAUUUUGAUGGUGAUAAUAUGGAGAUGAUUUUCUCUGGAUGUGCUUGAAGGUUCUGUUUUUAACAAAUUCAGUAUCUGAAAUAGAAUACAAUCACCAGAAUCUUGUAUUGAAUUAUUGAUUGAGCCUCUUAAAAGUUUAGUUCUUUACUAGGAACUCGGCUCACGCUAUUUUUUGUAACUUUUGCAGCUAUAGCUGUCUCAAGGGAUCACAAGCCUGACCAAACAGAUGAGAGAGCAAAGGAUUGAGGAUGCUGGGGGCUUUGUAAUGUGGGCUGGGACAUGGCGUGUCGGUGGUGUUCUUGCCGUUUCUCGUGCAUUUGGUGAUAGGCACCUGAAACAGUUUGUUGUCGCAGAUCCAGAAAUUCAUGUGGAAGCGGUUGAUGGAUCUCUCGAAUUCCUCAUCCUUGCAAGUGACUGAUUGUGGGAUGUUGUCACGAACGAAUGAGGAGGCGGUGGUAGCUAUUGUCAAACCCCUACAAGAUCCAGAACAAGCAGCAAAGAAACUGUUACAGGAGGCCUAUCAAAGGGGUAGUUCUGACAACAUCACUUGGUGUCGUGGUACAGUUUCUUGGCUAGCCUUGAUAACACAACCGAGCAGCAAUAGGUACAAAUUGUCUGCUUGAUCUUUGUUAUCGCUUUGUUAUCUGUAAUGGUUUAGUGGAGUCUGUAUCAUGCUGUUUUCACUUUUGUUAGAAUAAUCAAUAAGAUUGUUUGGUUAGAGUGCCUAAAUUUCUUCCUGAAUAGUCGUUUAUAUAUACAUACCAUUUUUACCA